GUGAGUUUGUGCCUCCUCGCCAUGCCCUUGGGCUGGUACUCCCACUACGCUUCUUGGGGUUCCACUUGGAUCUUUUGGCUCAACUUUUUCACCAUGAUUCCGUUGGCCUCUAUCCUAGGAGACUUUACGGAAGAAGUCGCCCUGCACACUAACCAGACGAUUGGGGGUCUUAUCAACGCCACCUUUGGGAACGCCGUCGAAGUCGUCGUAGCAAUCCAAGCCUUGCUCGCUAACGAAAUUCGUGUCGUGCAGGCGUCCAUGAUUGGCAGUAUCUUUUCCAAUCUACUCCUCGUUCUAGGCUGUUGUUUCUUUUUCGGUGGACUCGGUCACCAGCAGCAGCGCUUCAAUUCGGUCGCCGCCACGGCCAACAUGGGACUGCUCGCACUUUCCAGCAUUGCCCUCAUUCUCCCCACACCCUUUGCCGCGUACUACGAACUCCACGAUGCACACGUACUCACUGUUUCCCGUAUUGCCGCUUGCUUUCUCAUGUGCAUGUACCUCCAGUUGCUCUUUUUUCAACUCAAGACACACGCCAAUCUCUUUGCCGGUACUCAAGACGACUCCGAACUGGCUGUUAUGCCCUUUUGGGUUUCCAUUGUGGGACUCUUGUUCACGACCCUCGUCAUUACAAUCUUUUCGGAUUACUUGGUCGAGUCCAUCGACGGAUUCGUCACGGACAGUGGCAUUUCCCGGACAUUUGUAGGAAUCAUUCUCCUACCCAUUGUCGGUAACGCUGUUGAACACGUCACGGCCGUUACGGUCGCCAUGAAGGACAAGAUGGAUCUCGCCAUGGGGGUGGCCGUUGGUAGCUGCACGCAAAUAUCUCUCUUUGUCGUUCCCCUUACCGUCCUUGUGGGAUGGGCCCUCGAACGCGACAUGACCCUCAACUUUCCGCCAUUUGAAGUCAUUCUCUUUGUCAUGUCCGUGUUGACCGUGGCCAUCGUCUUGGGCAAUCCCGAAUGCAACUGGUUGGAAGGGUCCCUGCUGAUAACCACCUACUUGCUCAUUGCUGUCGGCUUUUGGUUCGAAGACGUCAAGCCGUUUUAA